CAAGUAGCCGCCUCUGCUUCUUCUUGGCUGAAAACAAGAGAGAAGAGCAGAGCUUCAUUCGUAGAUCUCAAGCUUCCAUCGCCCUUGCGCUUUCCGUCUGAGCCCGGUUAAGCUCUCUAGUUCAGGAACCGAGUGUCUUGCUGCUCUCUGUUUCUCCUUUGACAAGACCUUUUGAAUUAUGAACUUCACUCUGCAAUUUCAUCCAGAUAAAACUGAUGGACUGGUAUUAUGGGAACGGCACCAAUGUUCUUGUUGUCCCCAAGGAACAAGAAUUCUCAGAUCGGCUCCCAUCGCCAAACAGUUGGCAUCAUUGGGGAACAUAUAGCUGCCCAACUUUUGGAUCCCCAAACAAAUUCCUCGUUACCGGUGAUAAAGAAAUCAAAUUAAAUAUGAUGAGUUGCAGUGAAGCAGAGAUGCAACUUUCGCCUCGCAAUCGGCACCAUUCUAGCGCAUCCAGCACAUGUGAGGGCUUGUCUAGCGGGCCUUUUCAUCGGAACGUUCUUUCAGUCGACAUGCCAGAUUGCCAGAUUGACUUGGCCAAAGCAGAUCAGACGGACGACAUUUUCUUAAAUUCCUUAUUUGUAGAUUCACCGGGGAAUGAAACUCUUGACAGAGCAUAUUGCUGGUGUCCUUCGUGCAACCAUGGCAUGUUGCCUGCUGAUGAUUCAUGCUUAAAGGUGAUGGAUUCUCGGAGUAUCUCAAGGAACAGUUCCCCUUCAAUGUCUUUUGAAAUUGAUCAAGGAGUUACCAUGCCACAGUUUGACUGGUGCAACAUGGAAGACGACAAUUUUCAACCAACAAAGGCUCUGGCCCAGCUGGUGAAAAUUCCGUGCCCAUCUGAAGAAUAUGGAGUGUGUCAACCCAUGGUUGAGGAAACAAUGUCAACCGAAGAGUAUGUUUUGUGGGAGCUUGAAACGGUGAUGGCACAGUUAAGUGAGAAAAUGCGGAUAUGCUUUCGAGAUGCUCUGUAUCGCCUUGCUGAUAAUUCGAAGCAGCACCCUGUUGAAGCGGAGAGUCAUAGUGGAAACUCCAGCGCAGAAAGGUCCCCACUGUGGACACUCAGUGCUAAAAGUAGAAGGUCGAGGAAUUUCGCAAAGGAAUCAGAGACGAAUGUCAUUGACCGAGCCAUUGCAAAUAUAAUGUUUAACAAGAUGGACUUCAAUCUACAAGAUUCUACUGCCAUUGGAGCAGACAGUUUCAAGCAUGACAUCAUUGGAGCUUGUGAUCCUUAUACCCCGAGAUGGUCGGAUGAUUUCGAGGUUCCAGUCUUCGGAAAGAAGUAACCGUUCAAGCAACAGUAGACUGGCCUGAACUCUCCUCCGAUGCUGCGAAUAACCUGGUGAAAUCGUGCAUGCCAGAUAUGACAUUGGUUUAUUCAUAGUUUCAAUGAUGGCAAAGAGAUAGGGGCUGGUAAUAGGAAACAGCAGGACAGCACGUUGCUUUUGCGUUUUCGAACUGUAUAUAUUGAGGUACAAUAAACUACGAGUCUUGCUACAGGCUUUCUGGGACUAGCAAGUAUGUUUUCGGAUGAGCCAAGUUCCUGUAGAAAUUUCAGCAUGUCUUUUAUAUUGAUUGUAAAGUAGAUCUCAGACUGAAGGGGCAUCAUAAUUCCUUUUGGUA